AUGGAUGAUGGUGCCAGCACUAACAGUCUAGCCAUUGCUCUGUUUGUCUGCGUGGGCAACUUGGCAACCCUAAGAGCCAUCGGCAGGAGUCGCCGUCUGCGCACUAUCCCCAACAUGUACAUCGGCUCCUUGGCCCUGGCAGACUGCAUGGUGGGACUACUACUUUUCGUUCAGAGUAUUUGCACUAUGCCUUUUGCCGAGCGUAUUCUAGAACGCAGCGAAUACCUGUGCCUGAGUGUUAUAAGUGCCCUGUUCGUGUCUGUGAGCGCCUCUCUGUUCAGCUUGCUCCUGGUAGCGUGUGAUCGUUACAUCUACAUCCUCAGGUCUCUCACUUACUCCACACUCAUCACUAAGUCGAGGUCUGCCAAAGCGAUACUGCUUACUUGGAUCGUGGCCGUUGUAUACGGAACGAUACCUAUAUACACGAGUCAUUACAGUGUUGGUAUCGGUUGUGAACCCACCCACAUAUUCAACGACAUCUACAUGAUAGUCGUCCACCCGAUUCUGUUCUUCAGCAUAAGUGCCCUGGUCUUAGCCAUCUACACACACAUCGCCAAAAUAGCCUAUGGACAGCGCAAGAGAAUCGAACUCCAGCACUCAACCGUCAAUGGCAAACCAGCGGGAGAACAAGCCGUGACAAACAAGUCCUGGAAGAUUAUCCGGGUUCUCAUGUUGGUCUUCGGCUUGUUUUUCCUCAACUGGUGUCCACUUGUGGUGCUGGGUUUCCUGGAGUACACAGUGCAUGUGAGUCAUCAAGCACUCACGGCCGCUAGCCUCCUGGCAGUGCUCAACUCGGGCGUGAACUGUGUGGUGCUGGCGCUCAUGAACAAAGACUUUCGCCGAGAGUACGCCAUGUUCUUCGGCCUCAGGCGCGGAUGUUGCUGUGGUUACAACAAUAACGCAGUCGAACCGUUGAACACGGUCAGCAGUCAGAUUGAUUCAUGGUGAUGGGGUGAGCGAUUGGUGGAUGUGAGGUAGAAAAAGUCCUCUCUCCUGAUUGCAGUAAGGUUUUGGAGCCAUUAGUCAAGUAUAAUAUCUCCUUUUAGAAAUGAUGCUUGCUUUGUUUUUGCCCGAUGGUAAGCCCCACUAGACAUAAUGAAGUGACUUUGAAGAUCGAGCUUGUGGUUAUAGUAAAGAACAAAGGAGAAGGAGAAGAAAAAGGAACAAGAGAAGGCAAAGGCAACACACCAGAGUAAAAUAAUUAUAUGCCACACAUUCUUCUCAGAAGAAGUACAUUUAUCAAUGUGAGCAGUCUUACCUUUGUGCUGGCACCCAGUAGGUCUUAACAUUAC